CGUAAACAAAACCAGUUCAUUCACUCCCAACAUCUAAACCACCACCAAAACCAAUAAAACUGCACCGAAACCGCAUCUUAUCGCUGAGAUUCCAUCAGUGCAUUCGCGAACGUGUACGGUGACGUGUGCGUCCUUAACCUCAAAAUGCAUCCACUAACUCUCCUGCUGCUCGCCCUCGCCCUCCACCUCGCCAACAACGCUUCGCUGUCCAUCUACGAGCAGCAAAAAUACAAGCAGUUCCUCGAGGGCCAAGGCCUGUACUCGCCCAACGACGACGUCGUCAUCCUCACCGUGCACAACUUCAAGACCCAGGUGAUGAACAGCCCCCACGCCUGGUUCGUCGAGUUCUACAACAGCUGGUGCGGCUUCUGCCAGCGCUUCGCCCCCUCGUGGAAGGCCCUCUCCACCGAUGUGAAGGGCUGGGCCGACCUGGUGCAAAUCGCCGCCUUGGACUGCUCCGUGGACGAGAACACACCCAUUUGCCGUGAGUACGAGAUCAUGGCCUACCCCACCUUGCGCUACUUCCACGAGGGGUACCAACCAGGCCCCCAGAACUUGGGCGUCGCCGUGCAGAAGGGGGACGACGUGGGGGCGCACCGGCGCUACCUCAUCGAGCGGCUCGUGACCGAGCAGCGCGAGCGCCGGGGGGCCCACUACCCCAAUUUACUACCGUACGAACACGCAACUCUUGAUAACUUGUUCAGUGGGAGGGGGGAACUUAUCCAGUAUGGAUUUUUGGUGGUUGAGAAAUUUGGGGGGUUUAUAGGGGCUGGGGUCACACUUGACUUGCACAAGACCCCAGUUAUCGUCAGAUAUGCGUACGAUAACAAUACAGUUUUAUUAAACAAGUUGGGUAUAAGUACCCUUCCGGUCGUAGUGAGUGUUGACCGUAACUUGCAUUAUCAAGUCACAAGUGCCGGGUCACGUGACGCGGUCAAGUCAGUGAUUGGUCAGUUUUUGCAAAAACAAAAUAUCAAACUGAGUGAUGAUACUCCCAAACAGGAGAUAUUCACAGGGAAGUGGCUUGAUGUCCAAGUGCCUGAUAUGUCGUCCCUGAUCCAGGAACGCGCAAAGCAGGCCUUGAAAGAAAGGAUCAAGAGUAUGGGAGAUGUGGUGUUCCAGAUGGACCUUGAAACCGCCCUUCGCUACUCCCUUAAGCACGAAAUCGCAACCACUAAAACCAUAGAAGGGGAGAAGUUGCAAGUGUUGCGCGCCUACUUGACUAUCCUUCGUAAGUACUUCCCCUUUGGCCACGGGGGCCAAUUGUUCCUAACCGAGUUGGCCAUGAAGGCGUCGGGCGAGUCCGUCCAAGGGUCGGAACUCGCCGAAGUCAUAUCGCGGGCCGAGGCUGAGAACAGUUACGUGUUCUCGUCCCCCCAGCAAUGGCUGGCGUGCCGCGGUAGUUCCCCGGCGUUCCGGGGAUACCCCUGCGGGUUAUGGAAGUUGUUCCAUUUCCUAACGGUGAACUCCGCCGAGCACAAUGUGAACAACCGGCGUGCGGACCCGCUGGAAGUCCUCUCCGUGAUGCACGGCUACGUGAAGAACUUCUUCGGGUGUCAGGACUGCAGCCGGCACUUCCAGGAGAUGGCGCUGAAGCGGGAGAUGCGCAACGUGUCGUCGCUUGACUCGUCGGUGAUGUGGUUGUGGAUGGCGCACAACGAGGUGAACAAGCGGCUGGCGGGGGACCAGACGGAGGACCCGGAGUACCCCAAGGUGCAGUUCCCGUCGAAGGAGCGGUGUCCCACGUGCCGGGUCAACGACAACUGGGAGUUGCUGGAGGUGUUGAAGUACAUCAAGCACAUGUACAGCGGGAUCAACGUGAGGUACAUCGGCUCGGACACGACGCUCCUCCACGUGGGCUUGGACGGGGGCAAGGCGGCGACGAGCGGCUCCAGCAGCGUGUUUAGACAGUUAGAUAUGACGAGGCUAUCGGAAAAAGCCGUACGUGUACGACCUGUUGGGUAAAGUGUGAUUGAUGGUGGAGGGCUCCGGAUGGAGAUUGACAACGAACAAUUGUGAUUUUAUAGGUUUAAGUUACAUCACAUUCUUUUGUUUACCAAAGAAGUCGGCUUUGUUAUGUAAAUAUUUUAGUUGUUUAGUCGAUUGCAUUUUAUUAAGUGGUUAGGUACAAGAUCAAGGUUGUUUUAUCUUUAUGUGUAUUUUUGGUCCAAGACGUUACUGAUUACGUAGUUUAAAUUAUGCCGUUUUUUAUUGUAUUUAUAAUGUUUUAUAUCCCUUGAUUGAAAGAUAUGUAUGUAAAUAAUAAAAUACAAUUACAGUUGAGAACACAA